CGGUGCACGUGGCUCUUUUGGCCCUGGACGCAUUCCUCGUUCUGAUUUGCUGAUCGUCGGGAAUGAUGCUCCGCGGGCUUCCCGUAGAUCAGGACCAGCGAAGCGAGCGGCUGAGGAUCGAUGCAGAUGUGGCACGGCCUACACGGCAGACUCCGCCUUUUGCCGAGUUUGUGGGGAGAAGAGGCUACCAGCUCCAGCAGCUCCACCAGCCCGUGGCAGAUCUCCCAGCCCCGGUCUGAGCUCGCGCUCGAAGCGAGCAAGGCCUGAAUCAGCACCAGCACAGAGAGAUUAUUUGCCGGAGAUGGUUCAAAGGCUACUUCCAGAGAACCAGGAGCAUCCUGAACGAAGGCGACCUGCCUUCACUCCCGAGAAAGUUCUGGCGAACCUGCGCCGCUUGAGGCUGCGAUCGGGCGUCAGGGUCCGCGAUAUACAGGAUCUGACCCACCACCAACGCGAUGGAAAACUCACUGUAGCAGAGUUUCGUAGCUUGUUGCGUGAGGUUGGCAUCAAAGUCGACGACGCGCUCGCGCAGGAGACCUUCGCACGCGUAGACAGAGGUGGCCAUCACAAGAUUUCAUGGGCAGAAUUGUGGGCCGCCAUGGCACCAACUCCAAGUGAUGUUUUGAAGGAGCUGAGGGUGGCCAUGCACAAGAAGCGUAUGACAGUGGCCGAACAAAUUCGACCGUACGACUCCAACGUAGACUAUGUCUUGACAGAAGGGGAGUUUCACAGGCUGCUGGAUGGUUUGGGCUUCCAGCUGGACGAUGCUGAGGUCAGACACAUCCUUCAUUUGAUCGACCUGGAUGGGAAUCGGACGAUUUCAUGCAAGGAGUUGGAAUAUGCAUUGGAGCUUAGAGGUUCGGCACCCAACGAAAGGCCCACGCUUAGCAGGGAGAGGUGGAAGGGCGAUGAGUUGGUACCUCCCAAAGGGUUCACACAAACCUCGCCUGACCUGGCCAUGCAAGUGCCAGAAGGUGCUGGAGAACCCUCUCCAGCUCGACCUGAUCAGACGGUGUCGCAGCCAGAUCCGCCAGCUGCAACCCGUGCUUUGAAUGAAAUUCUGCGGGAGUUUGAUCCGAGCCCGCUACUCGUCAAUCCCUCCAGCUCGUCAAGCGCCCAAAAGACCACGCGACCGCGACCAACCCUUGAGGACGUCAUGUCACAGCUGCGGAAUCUGCGGCUGGUCCGUGGCAUAUCGCUGGCUGAUCUGAAGAGCACUUGCGAUGCAGGUGGUGACGUGAAGUUGACCAAAGAUGACCUACUCAAGAUACUGCUGCGCGUCGGAAUACAAGCCCAUGCCGCCCUCGCUGAGAGAGUCUUUGCUUUCAUUGACCAAAAUGGAAAUGGAAAGAUCAGCUGGGAAGAGUUGUGGGCAGCUGCCAGACCUUCAGUAGACGAAGUUCUUCAAGUGCUGAAGGCUAUCAAGGAGCAAAGAGGUCUCAGCAUCGAAAGAUUGCUUCGUCAGCACGACUCCAGUGGAGAUGACAAGUUGGCCUUCAGUGAGUUUCAGAAAUUGCUUCAGUCACUGAGCAUAGACAUCGAUCAGGAGACAGCAGCGGAGGUCUUCAAACGCCUUGACCGUGAUGGGGACAGGCAGCUGUCCCUGGGGGCGCUUGCUGGGCUUGACUCAAGAGGAGGCCUGUGGUUGCCGGUGAUUUGGCCUGCUCGGCUUACAUAA